GUACUCAAUCACCUCGAAAUACCUCGGUAAAGUGAAUUUUCCCUCAGUAGAGUUACUAAAUACUUCGAAGAAAAUAUUUGGUACAUUUAUACGUCAUGGACGUAAGUUCUGAGGACGAAGAGACUAAAAAACAAGAAGAACUGAACAACAGAAAAGAACAAAGACAACAACGAAAACUAGAUGCAACAGUACGAGUGACGUCAGCAGAAACGCCACAUGAUCAAGAUAUGUCAUCCUCUUUAACAAAGCAGGAUCGCUUUCGUACGUACAAAAAACUACCAGGAGCUAUAGAUCAUGGAAAAAAAUACGAACAAAUGAUGUGUGCCUUCUAUGCUUUGAAAUUAAUCACUUGUGAUAGAGUUGAAGAUUUUGAAAUGACCACAAACAACCAAAAAUGCGGACUAUUUGACGACAUAGAAGUAAAAAUUACAUUCAAAAACCAAAAAACGCUGACUUACUUGUUUCAACUUAAACACAAAGAAGCGGCCAAACGAAUUAGAUAUAACGAUUUAAACACAGGAAAUCCAAAAGCCGAUUUCAACGUCGAAAAAUACUUUAAUUCUAUGUCUUCAGAUGUAGAAAUAACAGAAGAUGUUGUCUGCAUCCUGUACACAAACUCACGUACGUAUUUUACAGAAGGCGUCGAACUAAGCGAACAGAUUAAUCUCAAAAGAUGCUAUAAUUUAGAAAAUGAAGAUUUACUAUUAAACACAGGGAGAGAAAAAAAUCUAGGGUGUUCCAAGUCAUACGGGAGGUAGCUGACAAAAAACAAACAUUUUAUCUAUUCACUGGGCAAAAUAACAUACACCACACUAAAACACAGGUCGAAAAAAUGCUGCAAGGUAUAGUACAAUGCAAUAUUUAUGACUCUUUUGUCCACUUUAUGACUGAAUGGUGGUCCAAAAAUUUCGUCUUAUGGAAAGGUGACGUAGUUGCCAAACUGAGUGAGCUGGCUCUUUCACCCUACAUCAGAACUCUGACUGACAAUAAACGAAAUCCAAAAACGGAAUUCCUCACAGAAGCUAUAAUGGAUUUUCGAGUCACGAUAGUGGAAGAAACUGGCGACAAUAUUGUUGAAUAUAUUUGGUCUCUGGAAACGAUUACAGAUGACGAAUUUGGUAAAACCAAGCAAAAAUUUUGCCUAAAGUCGUACGAGUAUGGGAAAAUUUUGUGGUACUUGGAACAAGUUCCUUUAGUUGUAAAAGUCGAUGUUUCAAAUGAAACCCUGGUGCAGGGGCGGACUGGCCAGGCGGGCUACCGGGCAUUUGCCCGGUGGGCCGUCGAACUGAUGGGUCGGUAGGCCGGUUACGCUGAAUAGACAAUAUCAAACACUUCUCAAAAUCAAACUUUUAAAUUUUGUUUAACAAUGUUGGCGCCAUCGCCGACGAAAUAUGUAUGGAGUUUAAAUAACAUUAACAAAGCAAGAAAUGCAACAGGCACGUUUAGGCAAUUAAGCACGUACUAUUUUCACACUCUUUUAAUUAAUGCUUAACAAAAUAUACAGUCGGCAUAAUCGAAAACUUAUCUUCCUCUAAAAAUCAGUCUUAUGUCUCUGCUUAACCAUUGAGGGUGUACGUAGAUCGUGAGGUUUCCAUUAAGUCACAAUUUAUAAUCAUCACUGUAAGUUUAUCGAAAUGGACAAACCAAGCACAAGUGGGAAGGAUGUUAAAAGAAAAGCGAUUUAAGGCGGUGCGGAAAAAUUACGCGAAAAGAAGAAAAAAGCUUUGGAGGAACAAGCCAAGUUUUACCAGUCCAUGUCUUCAUUUAUUAAAUUGCGUAAAGAAAAUGUUGAGGGUGACAGUCAACCUGCACAAUCUACAAGCACUACUCCUAUUGAAACUGUUGAAGCGGUGCAACUUGGAUUAAGCAACCGACCACUUCAACGAAUCUGGAAGAUGUUUCUUCACAACAAAAAGUAUUAGAACAAGAGUUUCUGCCACCCAUCGAAAGUAAUAUUUUUUUUUUCUAUCCCAGCAACAAGUGACAUUGAUAUUGAUUUCAUCAAAUUCAACCAUGCGAUGUAAAAGAUUUACCAUUCAAUCCGAUUACACUGUUUCGCAGGAAAAGUGGGGUGCGGCGUACUUGGUUAACUUAUAAUGAACACUCAAAAACUUUAUUUUGUACAGUUUGUAUGGUUUACAGCAAAGAAUCUAGUAUAUUUAAAAGUGGUGUAAAAAGUAUUCAUCCUAAACAUAUUUACAGUAGAGUGGAUGAGCAUGAAAAAAGUCAAAGUCACAAAAAUUCUGCUGAAGCACAUUUGAUGCAAUUGAAAAAAUUAAAUAUACUGUCUUACAUACCAAAACAAGAAAAUAUUCGUUUAAGUCAAGUUCAGAAUAGAAGAGAUAUUUUACUGCGAAUUAUAGAAGUAAUAAAAGUAAUUGGUAAAUGUGGUAUUGCUUACAGAGGUCACAGAGAUGAGGAUAUUCUUUCUUUGGCCAAUUCAAAAAUUAAUCAUGGUAACUUUUUAGAACUUAUUUUACUGCUAAAAAAAUUUGACUCCUUAUUAAAUUCACAUAUUAAUCGUGUUAUUUUAGAAAAGCAAAAGCGAUAUACACAUGGCAAGAAAGGUAGGGGUAAUAUUGUGUCUUUUUUGUCCAAAACAACUAUAAAUUCCAUUGUAAAUAUUAUCAAAAAUUUAAUAACGCGUAAGAUUUCAGAAAAAAUUACCAAUAUCGGAAUGUAUUCAAUUCAAAUUGAUACAACACAAGACAUUACAGUUACAGAUCAAGCUUCUAUUAUUAUUAGAUAUGUAGAUGAUGAAUCUGUGCAUGAAACAUUGCUUGCAUUAAAAAGUACAAGUUCUACAAAAGGCUAUUAACUCUUUAUGAGUUAAUAGCAAGUGUUGGCCGACAAUAAUAUCAAUUUAAAAUAUUGUGUAGGUAGUAGCACCGAUGGUGCUGCAAAUAUGCAAGGGCAAUAUAAUGGUUUCAGUUCUUGGAUGGCUACUUCUAAUCCCGAACACAUACAUCUCUGGUGCUAUGCUCAUAUUUUAAACUUAGUAAUAACAGAUAUUACACAAAAACCACAUCAGUGUACAUCUUUAUUUGGUUUGUUAAAUAGUAUUGCUGUUUUCUUUAAAGAAUCUCACACUAGAAUGAACAUUUGGAAAGAGUCUUCUCGAAAAGUUUUAAGUACAAUUGGAGAAACAAGGUGGGAUUCUAAAUUGAAUGCAGUGUUAAAAAUUUUUUGAAAGUUAUGGUGACCCAAGUGAUACCCUUUUUGUUACAAUUAUAGAGGUUCUUGAAGGUAUAUCAAAAUCAGAAAUUUUAAGUUCUGACACACGAUAUAAAGCAACUUCCUACUUAAAUUCACUUUCAAAAUAUGAAACUAUUUUAACCGCCAACAUGUAUUUUAGAAUUUUUCAGCAUACUUCACCUACAUCAAAAUAUUUGCAAACAUCUGGACUAGACCUAACUACAGCGCAAACAAUCAUUACUGAAACAAAAAAUUCUUUAACUGCAAUCUCCAGAGAUUUUGAUCAUUUAAAUUUAUAGAAUGGGCAAAUAAUGAAUUGGGAAAUGAAAACGACGCGUCUACGGUAAUCAAUUCGCAAUUAGAUAUUCUGCGAAUUCGUAAAAAAAAAUGUUGUCGGGUGAAAAAACUUCAGAGUAUAGCAUUGAUAACCCCUAUGAAAAAUAUAAAAUUGAUGUAUACAAUGUAGUUAUGGACGUUAUUGUGCAAAGUUUUAGUACAAGAUUUAUUAAAAACGAAAAAAUUUAUACUACGCUUGCUGUAUUUAAUCCACGACAAUUCAACAAUAUGAGUUCUGAAACCCUAAAUUCAGAUUUAUUUGUUCCACUAUGCAAUAUUUUAAUAAAAUUUAAUGCCGAAAUUACACCGUCUCAAAUACGAGAAGAACUUUUAGAUUUUGCUACAAAAUGGGAUCAAUUAAAACAAACAGUAUAGGAAGAGCCAACUUUUAGUGACGAUUGUGGUAACCAAAAACCCUGCAAAUCCUGCAAACAGUGUGCUUUGUGUUGUCAUAUACAUUUUUAAUAAAACACGAUCUUUAUUCAAGUGCUUAUGAAAAUCUUUUUCUUGUGUAUAAAUUUUUAUUAACUUUAUCUAUUUCGUCUGCUGGUUGUGAAAGGAGUUUUUCGAAGUUUAAAAUUGUCAAGAACAGAUUACGAAAUAGUUUGACAGAUGAUCAUUUGGAAGCAUUUACAAUGAUGUUUGUUGAAAGUAUCAUGUUAGCUGACAUUGACUGUAAUAUUGUUAUAGAUACACUGUCGGGUCAAAGUGCCGUUAUGGCCAAAUUAUUAAAAUAAUCUGUAUAAUAUAGGUAUAAUGCAUAUAAAUAAUAAAAUUGCUACAGCUUUUUA